AUGGCCAUCGAUCUCAAUAGCACCAACAACAUCCAUCGCUUUGAUUUUCCGUCUCAUCGAUUCUCAAUCUCAUCUGAAUGCGGAAACCAGAAAGGUAAUGAAGACGAUCGCGCACAAUUGCAGGACACUGUUCCUCUUGAUAGCCCCACGGAGGAAUCCGAGUUCUGCAAUAUAAAUUUGGACACUGAACUACAGUGCGAUUCUGAUCGCGGUGGUGGCGGUGAAAAGACGACUGAACCGCCAUGCGAGUACGAGGAAGAAAUAGUGCUUGAUAGUGAGGACGAAGAAAUCAAUGGAAGUCGAGUAGUGGCUGUGACCAAAUCCUUACCUGACAAUGAGGCUGAGAAAAAAUCCGAACAACGUUGCGCAGGGAGUGAAGUUUUAUUAACAAGUUUUGGGAACGAAAAGGAUCUGCCUGAGCAGCCUGCAUGUGAAGGGGAACUUGUGAGGUUAAAUAACAAAAGUACUCAGAAACUUGAGGAGUGGUCCCAAGCUGAUGCACUCGGUUUUGUUGACCACUUUGUGUUGAUUAACAAAUUUGGCAUGUCACCAGGGACUGAGACUGACUAUAGAAAGACUUGUAGAGAGAAAUCUCCUGCUGUGCCAAGUGCCGAAGGACCUCGAAAUCUGGCCAGGAGAAUUAGUCAGCAAGCCCACAUAGAGGAAAAGUGGAAGCUUGAAUUUAUGGUCAAUGACCCUUAUGAAGGAUUGGAUUCCUUUAGAAAGAAGAGAUCUUUUAGAAGGAAGCGGAUAGACAUUUUGGAUGAUGAGGGCAGGGAUAGAAAAGGGAUUUCCGAUCUUGGCAAGGAAACUAAGGAUUUAAGUGAUUUGGACAAGGGAUUUGCAGGGCAUAGUUCGAAAGUUGAAACCAACACUGAAGUUAACUCUUCCAAGGAGUUGGAACUAACAGGGAAGAAGUUGGAUUUUAGUGAGAUGGGAAGUGAUACUCUUGACAUCUGUGAUAUUGGUUUCAACACCCAAAUAGCUGCGGAAGCCAUCGAAGCACUAGCUUAUGGUUAUCCUUUUGGCCAUGGUUCUGCCAAUGCUUUUCAGGAUAUGGAAAACAACGCGGAUGGUUCUUUAAGAGGUGUCGGAGAGAAUAAUGCUAAACUGAAACUUCCUUCCAUUCAAAAGAGUGCUUGUUAUGAUACAGGAGACAUUUUGGGAAGUGUAAAGCGAAAAAAGAGGUCCGACAGGAAGUUUGGUAGAGGCAUUUCCAGUUUGUCUAGGAAACAGCCUGGAAUCAAGGAGUGUAAUCCUGAGUUGACAAAACUGGGGUUAGUGAAGUGGAAAAAGUUGUUAGCUGAGUCUGGGUUAUGUGGUAAUAAUUCUGCUAAUUCAAAUGAAAGUUCAGGACGAAGUCCUCCCAACCCUGUUAUGCAAAGAGAGAAAGGAGUUCUUGAAAAUAAUAGCAAUAUGAUUUCAGCAACACCGGUGCAAAAUAUCCCUCAAGUUAAUGAACAGUCCGAAGGGCAAGGUGUGAAAGUUACUCCUUUUUCCUGCAGAACUAGACAGCACGACUUAGGGGUUAAUCCAGGAGAAAAGGUGAAAGAUACUGUAGAACAGGGCAUCCUUGCGUACAUAAGAAAGCGAAGAUGUUUGAAUGCUAAUCCAUUGAAAGUCUUGAAUGUGAGAGGAAAAAGCUUGAAACUUCGUUCUUCAAGUAAGGGAGCUAGACAGAUCACAUGGCACACUUUUUCAAAAUCAGAUAUGUGGAACUGUCCCAAAGGUAAAAGAACAAGUCGCCAAGUAGGGAAACAUUCCACCAGAAUCAUUGACCUGAAUGUCCCAUUCAAUCCACAUAAUCAUGAUAGGAUGAUAGGCAAAGCCAAUAUGAAGGAGGAAGCAGAGUCCAAAUCUUCUUCAAGAAAUGAUUUCCCAAGAAGCUUGUCAGGAAAAAGUUUUGCUGAACCAGAUUUAGCAGUCUCCAUUUCUGAACGCGAAACAGCUGUUAUGAGAAUAGUUUCUACUGAUUCAGAGUGUAUCGCAUCAGUGGCUAUUGGUGCAGAAAAAGACCAUACCAUAGUAGCAUCUUCAAACAAGACUCUUGAGCACUCUGGUUCAGAAUGUACUACAUUUAGCUCUAAAACAGGCAAAAAUGCAGUGCCAUCCAAUAAUACGUAUAGCCACUACGACAAAAGACCAUGCCAAAAAAAUGUACCAAGAAGAUCCCUUUUGAAAGAGCUUAUCAAGCUAGGUGUUCCCGAGCAAAUACCUGAAUUUGCAUGGAAAGAGUUGAGAAGACGAAGAGAUAUGGCACAUGUCCGCAUCUUGUUUAGCCAGCAUUUGGAUGCUGAUAUCGUCAAGCAGCAGAAAAAGGUUGCGGCAAGGUUAGGCACAUCCAUUGCGUCAUGUUCUAUGGAUGCAACACAUUUUGUAGCAGAUACAUUUGCACGCACCAAAAACAUGUUGGAAGCUAUUGCUCUUGGUAAACCAGUGGUGACACACCUAUGGCUGGAGAGUUGUGGAGAAGAAAACUGUUUCAUCGAUGAGAGAAACUACAUUCUGAGGGAUGCUAAGAAGGAAAAGGAAUUUGGGUUUUGUAUGCCUGUUUCAUUGGCUCGCGCAAAUCAGCAUCCUCUCUUAAAGGGCCAAAGAGUAUUUGUCACCCCAAACACUAAGCCUGAAAAAGAAAUAAUCAUAAAUUUGGUCAAGGCAGUUCAUGGCCAGCCAGUGGAGAAACUUCAGAUAUCGGCACUAAAAGAUGAAAAUAUCCCAGAAGGUCUAUUGAUUCUUUCUUGUAAAGAAGAUCAUUCAAUCUGUCUGCCAUUCCUUAAGAAAGGAUCAUCAGUUUACAGUUCAGAGCUUCUACUUAAUGGGAUAGUCACACAGAGACUGGACUACAAAAGACAUCAGCUCUUUGAUGUCAAAAGGAAUUGCUUCUAG